AUGGAGAGAGAGGGCCUUGUGGCCAUGUUUUAUGAGGACACUCUGAGGAAGUACCCUUAUUACACUGACCAGGACCAGCCUGUGAACGGACGCCUUCCCCAACCCCUCAGACUGGAAGGACACCUCCAGAAUACACAGGAGGACCAGGCGGCAGCGCUACCCUUUCCGUGGUAUCAGGGACUGGGGGUACUGGGUUGGGGCCAGUGGUCCCCGCAGUGGGGAAGGAACCGUGAGAAACAGGGCAUCUACCUGGAGGGCUCCAGGGCUCUGCUGAGGACCUUCUUCCCUGACUGGACCACAGAGCAGUUGGAGAAGUGGUCUCAGGUAAGAUCCUCAUCACAACAGUGAUAGAUGCUAUUCAGUAUGUCACAGUUGUCCCAUAAUGAUGAUGUCAUCCCGUCCCCCAGGUGGAUUGAGAUGGCGGCCCAGUCCAUCCUCAUGCAGGCACUGUGGGAGAUAAGGAGGCUCCGCCCAAGGAUCUGUGGGGCGUGUCCCCAUACCCCAACUGCUACAACUCUGGCCCGCCCAGUCGCUGUCCAAUUACACGGGCCGCUGCCCCGCUGCCGAAAUGGCGUUGAACGACGAGCUGCUAUGGCUAUGGAAACGCUGCUCCGCCCUCUACCCUGCCCUCAUGCUAGAGAAGCUGCAGGGCGAGACCUCAGGGGCCAGACUGUACACAUCUAAUCAGAUCCGAGAGGCACUGAGAGUGGCAGGCUUGGCUGGGACCACCUACGACCUUCCUGUGUUCCUAUUAGUCAGUAGUGUCUAUACGUCAACUAAUACUUUUCUGUAUGAGGUGAGAGAUAGUGCUGGGUGGAAGUGGAUGUUACCAUAUUUUUGAUAGUGGUUUCUCUUUGUCUGGUGGGUCUGAAACUAGUGUAUAACUGUGUGAUGUUCCCUCAGGCGGACUUGGGCAACACUAUUGGUUAGAGUGCUGCCAUGGGGGCAGCAGGGGUUAUCCUCUGGGAGAACGAUCCAGGUGUCUUCUCUACAAGGACUCAGGUAUACAUCUCUUCAAUCUUCCAUACAUUGUCAGUCAUACUGCCCCCAGGGUCGCCGACGAGGAGGUCCUCAAGGACAGGGCUGAGGUCAGGGCACAGGGAGCUCUUCCUCCCACACUGAAUCCCCUCUUAUUGAGUGAGCUGAACCAGGGAACCAGCCCCACCCUCGCUCUCUUGGACCACAGUGGACUGUCACUCACUGCACCUCUCCUACCUCUACUGCUGGUAUUAACCACAGAUUUAAGCUUAAACACAGAUUUAUGCCUGAACCCCUGA